AUGUCCGCAUUCGCGCCCGAAGACCCAGACGAUUACUCGUACGCCGAGGCCGACCCCGCGGAAACCUCCACCCCUCCAAUCCCAGAUCAAUCGGGCAACGAGCCGGAAUCGUCACAUGGCCGCGGCCACUCAAACAACCCCCUGCUGGGAUCUGACAACCCACUGGUUUCCGAUCUAGAGCAGGAGGUACUCGAAGAAUAUUCUCGACUGUUGCGGAAUGUGAACCAGCUCUCCGACAAAGUCGCCGACCUUGCGGGCUCGCCCGCUUCCAUGCCCCUCGAUGGCCUACGUCUCCUAGAGCGCAAAACCGCGACAGUGUGUACUCUGCUCAAAGCCAGUGUGUACAGCAUUGUUCUACAGCAGCAGAUCUGGAACGAGAACGAGGAGCAGCAACAGCAGCAACAGAAUGAGGCACAGUUCCAAGACCAACAGUAUCAACAUGGAUAUGAGGAAGAUGUGACAUUCCAAUAA